AUGUCCAGUCUCCCUUUAGAGGUGGCUCUGCUGAUGCGAGUGACUCCUCCUCCAGUGUGGCUCCUCGACUGGUACGACCUGGGAUCUGAGGUGGCACUGGUCAUGCAGAGACCUGAACCCUGCGUAGAUCUACUGGACUACAUUACAGAACAAGAGUCUAAAUGCUUGGAGACGACGGUUGCUCAGGGCAUUUUUCCUCAGUUGGUGGAGGCGGCUAUCGAAAUGGAGGCUAAAGGAGUGUUCCACCGGGAUAUUAAACCUGACAACAUUCUGAUCGAGACUGGAGCAGAUGUGCCCAGAGGCAGGUUCAUCGACUUCGGCUGUGGGACCACCUUCACUCCUGGACAGAUGUUUGAUGAACCACAAGUUUUACAGUAA